AGCUCAGCAUUCAUGAGAAUGACUAAUGUUGAAUAGAAACACAUCGCCCGAGGUCAUCGGCGUCAAAGCAGCGGAGAACUGCCCGAUGCGAUGGUGCAACACAGUACAGCUGCUCUGAGGGUUAAACGCAACAGAUGAGCUGAUAGACAAGACACAGCUGCUGCUCUUCUGACUUACGCUGUUCUGGAUAACCGGAAAGAAUGAACACAAACGACGCGAAGGAUUACCUCUCCAAACGACAGAUUCCACACCUUUUUGAGAGCAUGUUAACAGGGCUGAUGUACCACAGGCCUGAGGACCCUUUGGCAUUCUUGGAGAGUUGCCUGCAGAAAACGCGUGACCUCGGCGGUCCUGAAUGUGUGGUCUGGGACACUUUCAUUACACCUGAUCGAAAACCUCUACCACCAAUUACCCCAGCACAGGGGAAGAAAGCCCCCUGCAAACUCGACAGUGGUCCUGGUCCUGGUCCCGGGCCUUACCGUCGAUAUGACAGGCUGCCACCAAUCCAAGCCCAGUUCUCCAUAGAAAGUGACUCAGAUAUGACUGAGUCCUCAGGGCUCAUACAAGAGUAUGAUGUCUUUGACCCAUCUAAACCACGACCGCACAUAAUAUUCAUCAUAGGUGGACCCGGCAGUGGCAAGGGCACUCAGACAACUAAAAUUGCACAUCGCUAUGAUUUCGAGCAUGUGUCUGUAGGGGAAAUUUUAAGGAACCAGUUACUGCAUCAUGCCCCCAGUGACAGGAAAUGGGAGCUGAUUGCUCAGAUCAUUGCAAAUGGAGAACUGGCACCUCAGGAGACGACUAUUGAAGAGCUAAAACAACAGUUUAUCAAGAAACAGGAUGCUAAAGGAUUCAUUGUGGAUGGAUUCCCCAGAGAGAUCUCACAGACGUUCACCUUUGAGGAGCAGAUUGGCUCUCCAGACUUGGUGAUCUUGCUUGCCUGCUCUAAUCAGCAACUCCGGCAGCGUUUAGAGAAAAGAGCAUCCCAGCAGGGCCGCCCCGAUGACAAUACUCGUGCAAUUGAGAAGAGACUAGAUACCUUCAAACACAAUAUCACACUCAUAGCCAAGUACUACCAGGAGAGAGGACUUAUUGUAAGGGUCGAUGCGGAUCGAGAAGAAGACGAUAUUUUCACAGAUAUUUGUGCCAUUGUAGAGGAAAGAUUGUUCCCUAGUGACACGAAUACAAGCAGUACUGAGGAUCUUUAGAGGGACGUCUACACAUCUAAACCCACAGUUGCUCCUAUUAAUCCUAAAUGUAAUUUAAACAUUUUCCACUAUAUUUCAUCAAUUAUCUCGAGGGUCAGGAUCAGUGAAAAGGGACACUUACACUUAUUUUGUUGCCUCUAUUUGUACUUCACUGUGAAUUUUCUCCGUACAUCUUUUGCAGUAAUGCCUUUAAAGCAGAGACCUUUGUUGUUUUGACCUGAUUUUAUUAAUGUAUAUUUAGAGGUCAAGCCAGAAAUAAAGAGUUGAUAAAAAAUGCACCAAAGUAAAAUUCAGUAUCAAUGUCAAAUGCAACAACAUCAACUGUUUUCAAACAAAUUACCUCACCUAUUUGUACUACAACAAGCAUUAAAAUGGAUUAAAUUACAACUGAUUAAUACAGUGUUUCUGCUGUUCUGAGGACAUGGUUUCAUCUUACACCACAUUAUGAACGCACUGGAUAAAAAAAAUAAUAGAGAUGCAACAAACAUGUCCUCAGGCUGUGUUCUCAUUAAUAGAUGUUCAAUCCAGCUGUGCCACAAUCUCACAGUGGGACCUCUGUGAAUAUAGACAUUCUGCCCUUGUUGGCAGACCUUGACCAAGUGCCAAAACGCUGUCACUUUAAAUACAGAGGAGAAUAGAAACAUGCUUAUUGAAAGAUGAUUCAUAGUAGACUAACAAGUGGUAAAGUUAAGUAUCAUUUAAUAGCGAUACAAUCUCUACACUCACUUUGCUAUGUAGAUGGACAUUUCUGGCUAAAAAAAUGAAACAACAUUUAAGCCACUAGAUGGCAGACUUUUAUUCUUUAAAAAUCAUUUGUUCAUUUAUCCUCACUGGUUGGAAAGUUAUGUCAUAGCCAUUUACAAAAAUACUUUCUUAUUCCAUUUUAACAAAUUAAUAUUUUGAAUUUUUAAGUUUUGUAAAAUUGAUUAAUAAAGAAAAAAUGUUUCUUUAAAAAAAUGUUUGGAAAAAAGUUUGCUUUGAGUACGCUUUAAACUAGACUUAAAGUUGUAUCUUUAGUGUGCUUAAAAUACUGUGUUAUGAACAGCAUCACUGUGACGGAGUGAUGGUAUGUGCUGGCGCUCAGAAUAGAUUCAAGCUUAUCACCUGUCUGGCAAAUUUCUUGCAGCUCUUAGUGGCAUGAGUUGGAGAUUCUUCCAUGCUCAAAUAUAUGCUUAAGGUUUGAAAUGUACAACUUUGAAUUAUGCAUCACAUAUGACAUAAAUGCACUUUGUUUUGAAUGUUGUUCUUCAUGUUACAUAGCCAGAACAGAAUUAUAUCAAUGAACACUAAAACCUUUGUAUGUUUCUCUACUCUCAAAUUUCUUGAACUUCUCCUCUAGAAUGGGGAUGAGACUACAAUGCUCCUUUAAAAUAGAGUUUUUAUUCGUUUGUUUUUAAAAUGUUUGUAUUGUGCACACUAUCUUGGAAGAAUAGAAGAUAUUUUGAGAGAUGUCGAACUGCUUUUAUUCCAUACAAUUGAUGUCAAUGAUCAGACCAAAACUGUUUGAUUACCCAGUUAGUUCACCCACAAAUGAAAACUAUGUUAUCAUUUAAUAGGUUGGAUAGCUUUUAAGUUUGUGUUACCUGGAAAAACUUGACAUUCACCCUGUCUUUGGCAUGAUUGUGAAAGAAGAAGCAAAAAAUAAUUUUUAGACUAAUCUUUUUGGUUGAUCUAGUUAAAGGGAUAUUUUAAA